AUGUUAAAAGGCUUUUGCUUGAUUCCUAUAGCAGCAUCACUAUCUUCUGUCAUGUCAUCCUCCCAAGCCAGUGUUUGUCAUAAUUCCCGGCCUUCUCCAGCUAGGAAACAUCACAACUUGAUCACUUCUCCUGCGGACUCACGCCGUACCGUUCAACGCCAAGAUGACGACUCUCAAUCUGAGUCAUCGGUAUAUCAGCCAACUCCUACAACUAGUACAAAGCGCAAAUGCACCAAUUGCACCAAGGACAAGGCUUCUUCAGAGGAAGAAGCCUCACCACAGCCACCCCAAUGUUGCCGCAAAAUACCUCGCACAACCACCUCAGCUACAAAGAAGUGUUCCAAACGUUCUAAGCAGCCUACCAAACCAAGUGAUGGAGACGCAAACAUUCAGGCUCAGGGUGGUGUAAAGCUCACAAUCGACUUGGUUCAAGAUUCCGAAGAUGAGAACAAGAAGGUAGAGAAGAAGCCUGCAAAACCGCGUCUAUUCAAUCCUAUCCGCGAAUAUUUUGAACCUGUGAUCACCAUAAUUAAUUUUUAA